UUAACACCCACCUCCCUUGGCUCCUCCCAGACGUUGGGGGCUGGGGGGCCAGGUGUGCAAGCUGGGGCCAGGGUGGUGGAACUGUGAUGAGAAAGGAAGCAGUAUGGUGACACAUAAUGCAGGGCUGCCCCCAGACCAGUCCCCAGAAGAAUCUUAAGCUUCCCAUUGCCCUGGGGUGUUGGUCACAGCUGCCCCAAUCCCUGCCUGCGGAUGCUGCAAUUACCUAAGAGCAUGAAACCGGCUUCCCACCUGACUGAGUCAGCUGAAAACAAAACACAUCUCCACUGCCACACACUGGCACAAACAGCCAAGCCACUAAUCAGAGUCCCGCAGCCGCUGGUGAGAGGGCAAACGCUGCACUGGCCUAGAGAAGGGCGCAAAUGCCCUCAGGAGUCGAUGAAAGGAUGAGUUGAGGCCCAUCUGCCUCCUGUGGAAGGAGCACACAGCUGCCCUCGCCCAGCUGAGAAGAUUCAUCUCUGCUACCGCCACCGGAGCUGCCCUCACUCUGGUUCCGGACUAAAUGGUCACUAGCUGCUCUUGAACACCUGUUUGCUGGCUUCUGAGGUGCCAGACUAUCUACUGGUCCCCCAGAGCCCAUGGAGACCUGGAGAAAAGGUUCCUUCCGCAAUGCCUCCUUCUUCAAGCGGCUGACUCUGGGACGGCCGAGGCGACUCCGGCGACAGGGCAGUGUGCUUAGCCAGGCCAGCACUGCUGGUGGUGACCAUGAGGAGUACAGCAACAGAGAGGUUAUCCGGGAACUUCAAGGGAGGCCAGAUGGACGGCGUCUGCCCCUAUGGGGGGAUGAGCAGCCCCGGGCCACUCUGCUGGCACCACCCAAGCCCCCACGCCUCUACCGAGAGAGCUCCAGCUGUCCGAACAUCCUGGAGCCCCCAGCUACCUACACUGCUGCCUACUCGGCCACCCUGCCCUCAGCGCUGUCCCUGGCCAGCACCUUCCACCAGUCGUCAGAGGAGGACCUUUCAGACACUGCCACCUUCCAGAAGACACCAGCUCUGGACCUCUGUGAUCCCUUCUUCUCCUUCAAAGUGGAUUUGGGGAUUUCACUUCUUGAAGAAGUCCUACAGAUGCUGAGGGAGCAAUUUCCUAGUGAGCCUAGCUUUUGAGUGGGGUGAAGGUAGACAGAGCUGGGGUGACUGGAGGAGGCAGAGCCUGGGAACCCAGAGAAGGACAGUACAGUUGUGAAUUAAAGAAAAGGAAACUGGGGCUCUGCCUGCCCUCUGGGUUCUCAACAUACCUUCAAGUCCCCCCAGAGUGGAGGGACAAAGACCAGCUGGGAUUAUUGGAGGGUCACUUUCUAGCAAGAGCCCUAGAGGAAGCUGGUGAGGACAGGAAAGAGAGGCCACACCCUGCAACUACAGGAACCAGGCAGAGGACAGACAAGUGACAGGGUGGCAAAGGGGUGAGUUAGGGUAUGGGAGGACACAGACUGGGAAGAACAGACAGUAUCCUGAACCAGCCUCCUCUGAAGCCACCAUCAACAGAGAGGUCACAGGACAUGUUUAGUCAAAAAUGAUCCAACCCAGACUAAAAAGGAAAUUGGGGAGACCUGAGAGAAAAAGGGAGACAGGUUUGCCUUUGUCCAAUAUGGUCGCUACUCACUACAUGUAGCUAUUUAAAAUUAAAUCAAUUGAAAUAAAAUAAAAUUGCAAAUUCAAUUUGCAUUAAUCACAUUUCAAAUGUUCAACAACCACUUUGAUUAGUGACUACCAUACUGGACAGCACAGCAUGAAUCCUAACAUCACUUGACCAAGGUUCACUGGACUUGCUUGUUGAAUGGUAGCCUAGAACCCUCAGUGGCAUGAGUGGGGGAAGGGAGAUGUAUCCAGGGGCUGCAAUGGCAAGAAGGGGCUACAGAGCAGGAAAGGUAGGUACAAAUACUGAGCAAAAUAUGAGAAAGAGGCCAAACAAAUCAUUAACAGAUAAAAGAACAUGAGAGAUUCAGCCUGCCAAAACAGCUGCCUAGAGCAAUCCCUGCUGCCCAGAGAAGUACUCCAAGAGAUGCCAGCCAAAGGCACAGGUGCAGCUUGCAAAGAGGUGCUGUGGGAACUUUCAGGACAAUCAGUGAUGGGAAACUUUGGGAAAUGCUACAAAAAUAGUGGUGGAUCUCCUUUCUAGAAAAGGAAAGCUGGACCAGAAGAGGGAUACUAAACCAAGGAGGGACACCACUGGACUCCCGGAUCCUCCACAACUGAGAGCUCUGGCUGGCCCAAACCUGACAAUGGGGCUACCAACCAGGCCAAGGCCAUCAGCUGAGCUACUGCCCUGCCCUGUGUCCUGGCCUGAGUCCAGCAGCACUCAGACCAUGUGGUCUGAUUUGCAGGUCUUUCCAAAUGUGGCAGAGAGGCAGAGAGAAACUGGGACACAUACUGCCUCUAUAACCCAA